AUGUCGCUGUCCCGCGAAGCCGAGAAGGUGCUGCUGACGCCGUCCGUACGGCGCACCAUCUAUGCCCGCGCAUCUCAACAAUCCUCCCGACUGGUCGCCUCGCACGCUAUCCGAAGCUUCCAAACCUCGUCCAAGAGCCUGCUCCCCAACAACAGCCCACUCGGUCCGAGCGGUUCGCUGACGGGUCUCGGCUCGAUUCCGCCGUCGUACUUUCAGCGUCCUUCUCUGCCGGCCAACACCAUUGUCCGGUUCGUACCACAGCAGACGGCAUGGAUCGUCGAGCGCAUGGGCAAAUUCAACCGGAUUCUUGAACCCGGUCUGGCCAUCUUGGUGCCUUUCCUUGAUCGCAUCGCGUACGUGAAGAGCCUCAAGGAGGUGGCCAUAGAGAUUCCCAGCCAGAGCGCCAUCACGGCUGAUAAUGUGACGCUCGAGUUGGAUGGUGUGCUGUACACGAGGGUGUUCGAUGCCUACAAAGCUUCCUACGGCGUAGAAGACGCCGAAUAUGCCAUCUCCCAACUAGCCCAAACGACGAUGCGCUCCGAGAUCGGCCAGCUAACCCUCGACCACGUCCUCAAGGAGCGCGCUGCGCUUAACACCAACAUCACAGCCGCCAUCAACGAAGCCGCGCAAGCAUGGGGUGUGACGUGUCUACGGUAUGAGAUCCGCGAUAUCCAUGCACCCGCCGCCGUGGUCGAGGCCAUGCACCGCCAGGUGACGGCCGAGCGGUCCAAGCGCGCCGAGAUUCUCGACUCCGAAGGCCAAAGGCAGUCCGCCAUCAACAUUGCCGAGGGAAAGAAGCAGAGCGUCAUCCUGGCGUCCGAGGCCAUGCGGGCGGAGAAGAUCAACCGCGCGAGCGGUGAGGCUGAGGCUAUUCUCAUGAAGGCCAAGGCGACGGCGAACGGCAUUGACGCAGUGGCGCGAGCCAUCCAAGCCGGAGGUAGCUCGGCGCAGGGUGCGGUCAGCUUGAACGUGGCCGAGAGAUAUGUCGAUGCAUUUGGCAAGCUGGCGCGCGAGAGCACCGCCGUAGUGGUACCCGGCAAUGUGGGCGACAUCGGCGGCAUGAUCGCUACGGGUUUGAGCGUGUUCGGCAAGGUCGGCGAGGCGCAGACGCGGAGCAUGGCAGCUGCAAAGUUUGUCGAGGAUCCCGAGGAGAGCGAUGGGUCGAGGGAGGACAGGAAAAACAAACCCGCCUCCGCUGAGAGCGUCAAGGAUUCCAUGGUGGCCGAGUUUGACAACGCAGCUGCUACGGCUGGGAAGAACUAG